AUGCCUUACGGAACAUUCUGGGAGGCCUCCCUGUUAAAGCCCGGCUGCAGCUCUGAAGAGGUCCAGGGAUCCUGUGAAACAACGAAAUAUCACUCGCGUAUAGAGAAUAUGGAUGAAGAUGGGUAUACUCAAUUAGACUUCAGCACUCGAGAUAUCCACAAAAGACCCACGGGAUCAGAGAAAGGAAGCCGGGCUCCAUCUUCUCCUUGGCGGCCUGUUGCGGUGGCUUUGGGAAUCCUGUGCUUGGUCGCAGUAGUGGUUGCUACAGUCCUGGGUAUCCUGGCAUUUUGGAGAUUCAAUUCAGGGAGAAAUCCAGAGGAGAAAGACAACAUCCUGUCAAGAACUAAAGAGAACCACAAGCCCACAAAAUCAUCUUUAGAUGAGAAGGUGGAUCCCUCCAAGGCACCCCAAACUACAGGACUUUUUUCUGGGCCUUGCCCCCCUAAUUGGAUCACACAUGAGAAGAGCUGUUAUCUAUUUAGCAUGUCACAAAAUUCCUGGUAUGGAAGUAAGAGACGCUGCUCCAAGCUACACGCUCAUCUACUGAAGAUAGACAACUUAAAAGAAUUUGAGUUCAUUGAAAGCCACACUUCUUCUCAGCCUGUUAGUUCAUUUUGGAUAGGCCUUUCCCGGAAUCAGACUGAAGGCCCGUGGUUCUGGGAGGAUGGAACAGUAUUCAUUCCCAACGUAUUUGAAAUCAGAAAUACAGGCUCCCAAGAAAGCUUACUACACAACUGUGUAUGGAUUCAUGGGUCAGAGGUCUACAACCAAAUCUGCAAUAUUUCCUCACUGAGCAUCUGUGAGAAGCAGCUGUAAAUGUAAUGUGUGUAAAGGAAGGUGUAAGGAU